GUCAUCGGCGCAUCGAAAUCAAAAAGGAAGAUGGGAGGCCAUCACUCGCAGUUUACUGAAGAAGAACUCAAAGAUUACCAGGAGCUGACGUUUUUCACCCAAAAAGAAAUUUUACAUUGUCAUAGACGAUUUACGCAGGUAGAUCCAGUGGCAGUAAAGCAAAAUAAAAAUGCUAAAAUCGACCAAAGAAAGAUUCUAGCAACAUUACCAGAGCUAAGAGUCAAUCCAUUUAAAGACAGGAUAUGUAAAGUCUUCUCAUCUUCUAAAGAUGGUAACCUUACCUUUGAGGACUUCUUGGACAUGAUGUCAGUAUUCAGUGAAAAUGCUCCCAAAAGUGUCAAAGUGGAAUAUGCUUUCAGAAUUUAUGACUUCAAUGAAGAUGAUUACAUAUGUGAGAAUGAUUUGAAGAAAGUAAUCCAAAGACUUUGUGGACAACAACGACUUUCAAAUGAAAACAUGCAGGCAUUGAUUGAAAAGAUCUUUGAAGAGGCUGAUCUUGAUGAAGAUAACCAGCUAUCGUUCGCAGAAUUCGAGCAUGUGAUCUCGAAGGCACCAGAUUUCGUGAACUCCUUCAGAAUCAGGAUGUGAAUAGCAGAAUAUUUAUUUUUGUAGGGACACAUUUAUUAUCUUGCACAUGUCAUGGGAUUAAUAUUUAUUAGAAAAUGAUAAUACCAAUUAGUAAUAAUUAGAUUGCAGUGAAAAUGCUAUCAGCUGUUGCAUGUUGUUACUGAUGCGGAAUUUAGCACAUAAUAUACAAUAGAUCCAUUGCAUUACUGUGGUUUUCAAUAUUCUGCAAACUCGGUAGUAGCAUGCUGCAAGUUGAAAUUUGGUUUUUCACUGCCGUCAAUCAAAAAUAAUCAGUCUGUACCUAUUCUUGACUGGUGGCAGUAAAAAAAUUCACAACAAGCCAUUAAAAAGUUGAAGUUGUCAGAAUAUUAAAAACCACAGUAAUGCUGGUCCUUAUUAUUUACCAGUGAGCUGUUUGUUUGUCAUUGGUGUUUUUAAGAGGGGAGGGGUGGGGUGCUCAAUUAAAUAAUGGAAUAUUGUGGUUCCUGUAGUCUGGGUUGCCUCUCCCUGGCACCAAAACAACUAUGCUAGUAGUAAAGCAAUACAAGCUAGCCAAGAUAUCCAUUCAAAGGUUUCUUAUACGAUGUAAUAAACAAGGCUUUGCAUGAUAAGUGGGGUUUGAAACUCUCAGCUAUCUAUAACUUUUGGUAAAUUAUUAUGCUCUCAAAAAAAGUAUUCAAUAAUUGUAAAAUCGUCUCUCACACUCAAAUAUUAUUAUUAUGAUGGAUGUGGGAACUUUUGUAGAAAUAUUUUUAUAGUUCAUGUAAAGAGUAUAUCGAUGGUUUGAUGGAAAUUCAAAAUGCACUGUACAGUAUAUGUUUGUAGUAUGUUUGGUGAUACAAAACACUAAGGCAAAACAAUUGAAAGUAUCCUUGCAACUUAUUAUGAUAGUUUGUGAAAUAAAAAAAAAGACAUUCAAA